AUCGCCACGCGCCUUGAGCCAAGAGCAAGUCCCAGCCCGGCGCGGGGGUCCCCAAUGCGUGCAUGGCUUGGGCUGGGCUACUGCGGGCGGUCUCCCGUGGCCAGCCGGCGCCUGGUCCCCUUUUGAGCAGCCUGGGACUCCGGAACUACGCCAAGAAAGUCGUGAUGAAAUCUAGAGGCAAAGGCAUGUCGAAGGUGGAUCUCAAGGGUCCCGAGGUGUGCAAGGAUCCGGUGUUGCUCACCACCCAUGCUAUCGGCACCAAUAUCUACAAGCAAGGCCCCGAAGUGGCAUUGAAACCAGACUCGGAAUAUCCUGAAUGGCUUUUCCAGAUGGAUCUUGGCCCACCUAAGAAACUGGAAGAUUUAGACCCGGACACCAUGGAAUACUGGCGUUUCCUCCGAAAGGUGAAUCAAAAGCGCAGAUUGAAGCUACUCAAGAUCCGGCCAUUUUGAUGUGGGCAUCUGGGAGAGGGAAUUCAAAACUUACAAAUGUGGAAUUGCCUGCUUUGUGCAAACCAUGGACUAUUUUCCUUUCGAAACAGAGCAUUUCUUUGAUGAACACCCCAAUAAAUGGUGCUCAGUUUA